AGCCUCAGUGGAACUGAACAGACGUUCUGCGAUUCCUGUUAUAGGCUGUGACUGAUAUUGAUGUGUUCGUAGCGGAUUCUACUGGCCCUGUGUGGAGUUGUGAGGUAGCGCAUGAACUGCGGCGGAUCUAUCGGGAGAGUACCUGUUGAGAGCGAGCUCGCUGCAGUGUUGUGGUUAUCCGCCACAUGUUGAAGUAAAAGUUGUGUACAGAUACCUGUGUAUAUGUAUUCUUUGAGAAAGUAUAAUCCUUCUCGUGAAAUCUAGAUUAAAGUAGAUCAUAUAAGAAAAUAUCAGAAUAUACGAAACCCAACUUUCCCACGCGUCCUUCCACCAAGAUUUCUUAACGGUGUUCAGGAGUUACUUUAUUUGUGUGAACAAGGCCUUCGUGCUAUACAUUCAUAGUGAGGGGGCACCAGCUGAUCGCAACGCUGGAUAGGGUUGUCCCCGAGAUAAACAUUGAAGAGAGGGACUAUUCCACGUCCGACAUGACACAGGACGCCACGGAUGAGGAGUAUCAUCCUCCCAAGACUCGACGGGCCAGCAUGGCGUCCAGUGGCACCAGUUCCGCCAGUCUUCACUCCAAGGACUCCACAUCCCCGACGGGGCACAGAGACACCCUUCUAGGAGCAGGAUCCGCUCCACAUUCAAGAUCCUGCUCCUUUAGAAACAGACAAAAACCGUCCAGCAAGGAACUGGAGGUCCAGCCCGCUAUGGUCAGGAGGAACAGUAUGCCCCUGGUCAAGCCCAACCUACUGGAGGUGCCGGACCAGGGGGCAGGUGACCAGAGCCCGGGGAAGGGGACCAAGUUGACCCGCGUUCGAUCCUUUAAGACAACUUCUAAGGGGGUGAUCAACCGAGGGGACUCCUUCAAGAAGAAGAGUACCCACAGCCUGAUGUCCACGGGGGCCGUGGGGGAUGGGAACAGGAACCGCACUCACAGUGGGGGCAGGGGGCAGGACCCACAAGUCGGUAACGCUGGGGGAUAUUAUAAAGUGAUCACCCUUGGUGGAACAGGGGUUGGGAAAUCUACUCUUUGCAGGCAGUUCAUGACGUCAGAAUUCACAGGAUUUGAGGGGCAAGAGGGGGGCAACACGAUGACUGUAGCUGUGCAGUUGGACGGAGUGGAGUCCACACUCGAGUUCUUUGACCCUGUUGAACGCACAAUAUCCUCCGAACAACUUCAAGUAGAUGCAUACAUCGUUGUUUUCUCCAUCACCGACCACGCCUCCUUCGGAGUGGCCAACUCCAUUGUCAGAUACCUGAGGGUUGACUUCGGGACAGACCGCGCAAUAAUCCUGGUUGCGAACAAAAUAGAUCUUGUGCGGAAAAGGAAAGUGUCUGCAGACGAAGCCCGACUAUGUGCGGAGAGUUUCGACUGCAAAUAUGCGGAGACGUCAGCAGCCUUGAACCAUCACGUGGAUGAGCUGCUGGUUGGAAGUCUCAGCCAGAUCCGUCUCAAGUUGAACAUCAGCACGGUGAUGCCUCCCGUCGUCAGGGACAACAAGAGAAAGGACAAGAAGAAGCAUCACGGUUUUGCCCGGAGCAUCCUUAAUAAGCUGUUCCGGAAGAGCGCCAAGAAGACACAGUCAUGUGACAAUUUGUAUGCUUUGUGAUUGGCUGGUGAGAGUGUCGUCUGCCAGGUGCAUGUCGACUGUUGGUGACAGCGAGAUGGGUGAGACCUGCGGGUGACAGUUUGCAAUAUAUUCCCAAUGUCUCUGGUUGCUAGGAUUGGAGCGGGGAUCCAUAUAACUAACUGUCUUAUUAUUAUGCAGCUUUGAGGCCAAUGUGGGGACGCCAGGGAAGUCGCCACAUCCAUUUUAUGCUAAACAAGAUGGCGGCAGAGUUGAUAUAACAUUUCCAGGAGGGGACAACCCGUUUCGCGUGGGAAGCACGCGCUACUGACUCAUAGAGCUGUAACGACAAAGGUACCGUUCUAUACUCCCAAUUAUUAUCGCAGGCGUGUAGAAACUCAGCUUCUAUUGGAGGAAAUGUAUUUACAUCUAUGCACUGGAUGCAACUUCAAUGUUUCUUGAACUAUAGGUUUAACACAGAGGUGAGCGUUUGAACGUGUAUUCUGUUUAUUAGCAAUAGUUUGGGUUUAGUUGAUAUUUGAUAACAAUUUCUCCAGGACAGGAUGACAGCUUGUGAGAUCUGUAUUGUUAAGUCCGUGUGUAGAGGGAGCAGUGUCCUCAUAGUGUGCAUGAAGAUAGAGGUACGACACUACCACCAGAAGACGAUGAAGCGCAGACUGUUGCGCGAACCUUGUUUCGUAAAAAUUACAGCAUUCAAAAUAUGUACACCUUGCUACACAUAGCUACUGGUCAGCAGCGGUAGGAAUCUUCAGAAGUAAUAACACAUGACCCAGCCGGAGGAGAGGUACAGACAGAUAGACAGCUGGUUGUUUGAACGCACCACUAGAGCCAGCCUGGGAGAGAUUUCUCCCACUGACGCGGGUUCCCGGUAUAUUUAUCUACCUUGCCGCGAGCCGGGUGCCUCCCGAGAUGAUAAAUAAAAGUAAGACUUAUGGUCAUUGGUGGGUCGGCGAGGGGCGCGGUGACGUCAUGCUGACAUCGCAGACAUUCCAAUGGUUCAAUGGCAGAGGGAUGUUGGAAACUGUUAUGCCAAUAUUUCUUGGAAUGUCUUUGGCAGGGAGACGUUUAUUGCACUAUAUACGACACCUGAAAUGAGCAAUGUGCAAGCUGGACGGCUCGCUCUGUAGCCCGACACGCCAUUGUUUACCGCCGGAAUUUAGAUACGACCUCACUUUAGAUUCCAGCCUGGCAAUGCAGUUCUUUGAAGUUAUAAAACCUCGCGGAAUGACCAUAGCAAUCACGACUGGCAUUAGGUAUUUAAAUUGGAAACUAUUUUGGGAUGGGAAGGAAUAUCAAGUAUACAUGUUAAUGCCAAUGGAACAGAUAUUAAAGUCUUUUAGCUAUAUGGGUGAUGAGUUCUUCAUUAGUGUCGUUGGGCGUUGCUGGUAAUAAAAUAUCUUGUAGAUGAAUGGUCACAUGACGUGAUGAUUGUUCUGGGGUUCUAACGAGGGAGUUAGCCAUGUGAUUCGGUGUCCGGGAGAAUUUGCAAACAGCAUUAACUUUCUUUCUGCUGGCAGUGGGAAUCCUUUCUGCUCAUUCGUGAAUAUAAACAUUAAUUUAUAUGGAUGUCAAACAGAUUUUACACUAUUAAGUGUAACUGAGGUAUAGCUCUAAACGAGCCCUUUAUUGUUGAUGAGGCGGUUGGAAAGCCUAGUGGUUUAAGCGUUCGCUCGUCACGCCGAAGACCCGGGUUCGAUUCCCGACACGGGUACAAUGUGUAAAGCCUAUUUCUGGUAUCCCCCGUCGUCAUAUUGCUUGAAUAUUGCUAAAAGCAGCGUAAAACCAUACUCACUCACUCACUCUGCAGAUAGUCCAGGGUUAUCUGCCCAGACAUGCCUAGUGUGACGUUAGAGGUUGUUACUGGCUUGGUACUGUGUGUCCCCAUCCGUCACGUCAGGGUGGGCUUACGUGACAGACAUCUUGUACCCAAUACCCAUUUAUCUGCAAUUUCCCCCACUUAUCACCUGGAGCUAAUGAAGCAGGUGUGUUUCACAUUUCAAUGCUAAUGGAACAUGCAGUGUGCGAAAAGGUUUAUCCCUAACAUCGCGUUGAGAGCGUUAGCAGAAACAACAAGAAGCUUACUGCUGGCACAUCCGGACUUCCGCUACAUAUUCAACACUUAUGUGUUUACACGUCACACCUGCACAAGUAAUUCUGCCAUGUAAUGAUACCAAUUUGAAAAACUGCAGUCUUUGGUAAAUUAAACUAAUUGUUCGACCACAAUCUUCAUGCACAUAUAACUCUCUAUCCAGGAAUUUAUACUAGAGCGAGGAACAACAUUUCACCAGUUUAUGUCGGGGGCGUGUACUUACCACGUGGCCAUAUAGCCUGCAUCUUCUCUGUUGCUUAUCUAUAUUCAUGCAGCAUGUGCAGCCUACCCAGGCGAUGUGAUGUAUAUACCGUACAACAUAUAUCUAUAUUGUCAUCAAUGUUGAAAUGAUUACUUUAUUUUUGUCUUCCAUGAUGAUAAAUAUUGCGUCAUAUUCAUAAAGAUCAAUAUAUCAGUGAUUCCAUGAGACUUAUGUGCAUUUAUUCACGAGAUGCGUUGUAUUGUGUGUUGGUGUCGUUAAGCUGAUCAUGUACCAAAGCACACUGAUGUUGUCGUGGCUGUUAGGUGUGGUUUAGAGGUGCAAGCAGAGUUCCAUACAGAGAAUGGGUGCAUGUUUUGUAAUGCAAACACUUCAUGGGUGUAUUAAAUGCAGAUAGAAUCCAAUGCAAUAUAAUGCACACUCUAGGGUGUAUUCAAUGCACAGAGUUCACUGCAAAAUUCGCAUCUGAUGCCAGUUAGGAUGUUUGCGAGUCGUAGACAUGGGGGAGCUUCAGUGUAAGUUCGCGGAUACACUAUUUACAUGUUAUUGUUAUAUUUGAUAUAUGCCAUGAAAGUUUGAUUUCAUAUCUACUCAAUAUGCCUUAGACUUUACACUGACAGAUACAGUGACAUAUACAAUGUUAUUUAAUGUUACUUCCAGAGAAAAAUAUCGGAAUCGGAAAAGAAUUAUGCAAUAUACGAGGGGUUAUUUACAUAUGCAAGUAAAUCGAUGCAAAGCACAUGCCCCGUUUUGUAUUCAGUCUCAACACAAAUCACGUGUGUCUCAAUCAGUUUCAGCAAAACAAUAAUAAGUACCCUUGUUUCCUUUCGGUUUUUAAACGGCACUACACAGGUUUCAAGUACGUUCAUUUGUUUUAGGUGUCCCAUGUUAUCUGACAUGAAUUGAAUUGCAGAUUGUUUACACAUAUCCAUGUAAUAAUCUUAUUUAGAUAUACAUAACUGUACAUAUUUUUGAUAAUAAAAUCGCUGGUU